AUGUUCGAUGUAUGUUUAAAACUCAUUGAUUGUGCCGUCACUUAUAUUGUACCGGAACACUAUUUGUUACUUUGUUUUUACCGUUUCCUUUCUCUUGUAGAAUCCGUAGGGUUUUUGGUUAUCGUAAUCUUGGUCAUAGAAUUGGUUAUGAGAUUUCAGCCGAGAAUUCGACUUCUUCAGUUCUGGUUUAAAGAGAAAAACUUAUCUUCGCCAUCAUCGUCUUCUUCGAGUAAACAAGCUGUUGAUUUAAGACGUGAAUCGCCUUCAUCUUCGUCCAAGAAUGGUGUCUUGAACUUUUCCCCCAAACAUGGAAUUUCUCUGCGUAAUGAAGUUUGCGUAAUAAUGUUUAAGAAGGAGAGUGAAAAUAUCUACGCCACAUUAAUGGAAACCCUCGUUAAACAGCUGGACAACAUUCGUCUCGCAGUGCGGCCGUUUAUGGCUGUCGAGGGACAGGACAGUCUUCGACAUCUUCCUUAUAGUAAAAUAUUCUUGGUGUUUGCCGAAUGUUUGCCAAAUAAGAGGCCGGCAUCUCCAAGUUCCCCUUCUUCCACUUCUGUUGCUUUGACCCCGUCUCCCUCUUCCCCAACCUGUCCUACUUCAUUACAAACUAAAACCAAUGAACAGGUUGAAUUACAGAUAGCAUCUCUUAAAGUAAUCAAGGCCCUCGGAGCAAACGCCAUAGUGAUUAUCACGAAUGACGAAGGCUCGAAAAGACUUUCUGGUCACGUGUUGUACAACGCCCAACUUCGAAUUGUUCAAUCCCAGGAUAUGUUGCAGGAACUCGCCUCUAAAGGAAAAUUAUUCAGUAUUUGGAAAGAAUUAACGUCACAUCAAAUUAGCCACAUGCGCAAAAUACUAUUGUCGACGUUGAACCCAAAAUAUGGCGGCUGUAAAUGAAGACUAACAUUUAAUAAUAACAAUUUUUAAAAAUAAAACCAACAAAACAAAAAAAAAAUCUUUCCUUCUUACAUAUGAAUCACUUCCUGUAUAUUGACCUCUUUCCUUCACACACAUGGUUCACUUCCGGUAUAUUGACUGACCUCUGUAACUCGCAUAUCAUGCCUGCUCUUCAGGGCGUCUCUCUUUUAAAGUAUAGCGUGACUAAACGAAAGAAAAAAUAUAAUACAAACAACAACAAUAAAACAACUACUGCUACUACAACCACAACAAGACCUACUAGUACUACUACCACCACUACUACUACUACUACUACUACUAUAAAAAUAGAAAGUGAUGAUGACAAAGAAGAAUAUUGAUAUUACUAAUUAUACUAACUAUAAUUAACAUUUCUACUAUGAAUAGGUACUGUUAAUGCUAAUACUAAUGCUCUCACUAUUAAUACUACUACUAAUAAUAACAAUAAUAAUUUUAUUAAUAUUAUUAAAGCUAAUCAUAUUAGUACUACUACUACUACUACUACUACUACUACUACUACUACUACUACUACUACUACUACAGCUAUUACUGCUACAACUACUAUUUCCUCAACAACAACAACAACUACUACUUCUACUUCUACUACUAUUAUUAUUAUUAUUAUUAUUAUUAUUAUUAUUAUUAUUAUUAUUACUACUACUACUACUACUACUACUACUACUACUACUA